AUGGCUGACAAAAUUCAGCAGAUUCGGGAAAGGCUGAAAAUAGCUCAAGAUAGACAAAAGAGCUAUGCCGACAAAAGGCGAAAACCAAUAGAGUUUCAAGUUGGAGACAGAGUAAUGUUGAAAGUCUCGCCUUGGAAGGGCAUAAUAAGAUUCGGGAAACGAGGAAAGCUGAGCCCUCGUUAUAUUGGCCAUUAUCGAAUAACAGCACGUGUGGGUGAGGUUGCAUAUAAGCUAGAAUUGCCUGAAGAGCUUCAAGGCAUCCAUAGCACAUUUCAUGUGUCAACUCUAAGAAAGUGUUUGGCGGACGAGAGCUCUAAGGUAGCUCUAGAAGAUAUAGAGGUGGAUCAGACUCUGAGCUACGUAGAAAGGCCAGAAGCUCUCUUGGAUAGAAAGGUUACCACACUUAUGGGAAUAUUAGCAAGGGCAAAGAGAGGGCGUAGCGCCAGGCUACGCGUGAAGAGGAUAGAUUUGAAAUGA